CACUCACUCCGUCUCACACACUCCACCCUCCUGCAGCACAACAGAGCUCCGACGCACUAAGAAACUCGCUGAGUUUGUGUUUCACGCUCGGUAAAUUGCGAGAGCAGAAUAAAAAAAAAACUGUCACGAUUCAUCAAAAGCGCGAAUUAACGGAACAUGGUGAACACCCUCCCUCUCUUGCAUCUCAUUAACUGAGUCCCGUCGUAGCUAUAGGUGAAGCUGCCUCUCUCUUCCAUACUGAAGCAGGUGUCCAACAUGGCGAACGCUGGCUGCGGCUCUCCCGCGACUAUUCUCUUUUUAUUCCUCUUUCAAGCGGCUCUUCAAAAAGGAGCUGCACAGUACCCAGUGGUGAGUCAGAACCUGGCCACAGACAAUGUGUCGGUGGUGGAGGGCGAGAUGGCCAUCAUCAGCUGUCGGGUGAAGAACAACGACGACUCCGUGAUCCAGCUGCUCAACCCCAACAGACAGACCAUCUACUUCAGAGACAUGAGGCCACUGAAAGACGCCCGCUUUCAGCUGGUGAACUUCUCCGAGAACGAGCUGCGGGUGUCACUGUCGAACGUCUCGCUGUCAGACGAGGGUCGAUAUGUUUGCCAGCUCUACACGGACCCCCCGCAGGAGGCCUACGCUGACAUCACUGUGCUAAUUCCUCCAGGUAACCCCAUCAUCGAGGCGCGGGAUGAGGUCCUGAGCGAGGGCAACGAGACAGAGAUGACCUGCACCGCCAUGAGCAGCAAGCCGGCCGCCGCCAUCAGAUGGAUGAAGGGAGAUAAGGAGCUCCCAGGCAAGCCAAAAGUGGAGCUGACCUAUGACCGGAUGUACACAGUCAGCAGCCGGCUGGCGUUCACCGUGAGCAAGGAGGACGACGGCGUGCCGGUGGUCUGCAUCGUAGACCACCCCGCAGUCAAGGACUUCCAAGCGCAGAAAUACCUGGAGGUUCAGUACAAACCAGAGGUAAAGAUCGUGGUGGAAUUUCCUCAGGGUCUAACCAGGGAAGGAGAGAAUCUGGAACUGACGUGUCAGGCCAAAGGCAAACCUCAGCCACAGCGGGUGAACUGGGUGAAGGUGGAUGACGACGUCCCAUCUCACGCCGUCAUCACUGGCGGAGACCUCUACAUCGAGAACCUGAACAAGUCCUACAACGGGACCUACCGCUGCGUGGCUGCCAACGCGGUGGGCGAGUCCUACGACGACUACAUCCUCUACGUCUAUGAUGCUCCCACCACCACCCCUAAACCCACUACAGCCACCACCACCUCCACCACUAUCACCACCAUCAUCUCCUACCCCGAAGGCGAUAAAGACACUGCGCCCAGCACUGAACCUGCAGCUCAUGACUCACGAGCUGGAGAGGGAACUCCCAGAACGGUGGACCACGCAGUGAUCGGAGGCGUGGUGGCGGUGGUCGUCUUCGCUAUGCUAUGUCUACUCAUCGUCUUGGGGCGCUACUUUGCAAGACACAAAGGUACCUACUUCACACACGAAGCCAAAGGAGCAGAUGAUGCGGCGGACGCGGACACAGCCAUUAUCAACGCAGAGGGCGGCCACACCAACUCGGACGAAAAGAAGGAGUACUACAUCUAAUCAAAACAGGACCCCUCACUUUAGUGUCCUCUUUGGGACACAAAGCUGUUUCUGGGGCCGGGGAAGGGGAAGCUGAUGGAGGGUUAUGAGUUGGUUCACUUCACGUCUAGUGAGAGUAGGGCAUGGAGGAAUAGAAGAGAAAUAGAGUUUAAAGAAAGGCCUGGUUUUAAGCUGUUGUUUAGUCUAGUCUGCAGAUGUAGAUGGAAUGUUUUGUGUGUUUAAAAAAAAAAUUAAAACUGAAAAAAAGGGGAGGGUUCGGGUUUUAGGUAAGAUGAGAGGGGGCAGGGUUCGGGGGGGAGGGUGUGCCAGACGUUGCCAGAAAUCACUGUAGAGAGCUUCACCAUUCAACACCUCCCUAACUGCUGGUACGACUUUUAUUUAGUUCAACCAUUUGCAGAAAAUUCUGUGCCUUGUUCUGAAUUUUUUUUGUUCUAGCCCGACUUUGGAUUUGCGUUGAUCCUCAUUUGCAUAACCUCGUUGCUCCCCUUCUCUCGUUUUCCACUUUCCUCACUCGUAAUUAUCAGUGUGCUGUCGGCUUUUGUAUGAGGGUAAAAAUACACAGUCACUUUAUUCAUUUCCCUAAAUGUCUGUACACACACGCACCCUGCAUAACAAAAACUCUUUCCAGUAUACUGUGAUUUGUCUCAAGCCAUUACUUCCCCCUCUUUAUUCUCCUGAAGUUUUGACAGCUCCAAAAUGCAUGGAAUGCUUUACAUAUCAUUGUACAAAGGACAUAAAUGAGAAACAGGUCUGAUGUGCUGUUUAUGCCUUCCCCACCCCGUCCUGAACGAGUUAUGUUCAAAACAUAACCAAAAUUAAAUUAGCAAGGAACGAUGAUAACACGAUAUUCCCCGUUAAAGUUUUUAGCUCUUUUCGAAAAGCUAUGAAUUAAGAUGCCUGAGUACGAGAAGGCAGGUGGAAAAAAACGCAUUUGGUACCGAUAGUGACCAACCGGCAGCCAAACGGCGCCGGUGCACUGUACAUAGCAUUACAGAUCAGAGUAAGUCCUGUAACCAAGCUCCACGCUCAAACACGUCUCCUGUUAGGAAUAUUUACGCUGCACAAACUUAAAAAAAAAAAAAAAACGUCAUGGCAGUUCAGGUUCUCCCAUCAGCGACGUCAUGUUCUCUCAUACACACAAUCCAGUGUAAAUCGAGCCAAUGGAAUCACACCUGUAUUGUACACUAAUCCUUACUAAGAACUAUUUUUUACAACUUACUAGAAUUACAAUGGAGUACCUUUGUGGAUUUUAUUGUAUCACUCUCAUCGUGGGUUUUGUCAAAUUGUAAAACCAGCAAACGUUUGGGAAACUAAAUGUCUUCAAACUGUAAUGCUCUGAGAGACAAGUAAGUCUUUCCACUUACAUCACACCUUCUGAAUAUAUACGUAUCCUAUGGUUUUGCUUUGGUACGGCAGCGCGACUGCUUAAUUAAACAUUUGAUAUUUUUGCAUGUCUCUGAGCGCUAAAAACCCAUUUCUCCCGCUUCUUUGUCUUGCUUUACACAUCACCUGCCAAAACUGAACGAGGUUCUGUUUUGCUUUGGCAGCUGGGGAGCACAGGGAAAUGCCAAAAGUAAUUAAUUGUUUGUAACAGAACUUACUACACAUGUUGUACUCAGUGAUGUGAAUCCAUCGUUCGCAUUAAAGCCCUGGAUUCUUAGCAUGGCAAUGAGGGUCUGUUGAUGGCGUUGUUGAUCAUUAUUAUGUGUUCACACAGCAAGCAGCUCGCUUAAUGAGUCCUUACUCCAUGUGACAGUUGUGGGUAGAGAGGUAGGGAGAGGCGGAGGCUUGGAUUGCAGCAUCCACUCAUUUCAUCAAGCGAACAAAACACGCUUAUUGUGGACUUCGUCCUUAUUUAUGCUUAAUCGCAGCUUUCAAGUAACACAAAUAUGUCUCUCCUCAGUUUGCAUUGUUUUCCUGUGUCUCUGUGGCUUCCUCUGGCCUCCUCUCCACACACAGUCUGCAGACACUGCACUGUGCAUUUCGGUUUAGCAGUGGUUCUAAAUUGCCCAUAGCUCUGCGAAUGUGAUUGAUUGUUGAUCUCUGUGUGUCAGCCCCGCGAUGGACUGGCGACCUGUCCACGAUGUAUCCUGCCUCUUGCCAAUGACAGCUGGGAUUGGCUCCAUCACCUUAACAGGAGAAGCGGUUGGUCUAAUGGUUGGAUGGUCUCACAAUCCCUUUAGCUUUUAAAGCAUCUCCUGAAUCUCCCCAUUUCUUUCUCUGCAUAAACGAUCUGCAUUUACUGUAUAUGGUGCUUUUCUGUCUUAUUGGUAUUUAAAGCACUUUGACAUUGCUUCACCCAUUUACACUCUCCAAGGACAGGGUUCGGUGGGGUCGAGUGUGUUACAGUAGCUGAAGACACAACAUAUGACAGGAAAAGGCAGGAACCAAACCUACAUGUAUCCCUUCAUUGGUGGACGGAUGCUCUUAUUCCUGAGCUUAGCUGCCAGAUCAACUAAUUAGCUGAUAUUGUGUAGUUACUGUAAACUAAUCAAUCUGUAUCAAUAACAUUGCCACUUGCAAAAAAAUUACAAAUACAUCCAUCCAUUAUUCUAACAAUUCUACCUGUUAGGGGUUGCAGGUUUGCUCAAGCCAAUCCUGUUUUUGUGUUUUUUUUUUUUUUGUUUUUUUUUUGUUUUUGCAAGAGGUACUAUGAUUUAUUACAUAUAUAGUGCUAUAUAAUGUUAAUGGACAAGUACCAGUAGAAUGUUUUACAAAUCUUCAUCAAAAGGCUUCUGCAAAAUAUGCCCCUAGAUUUGAUAAUUAUUGUAUAUCUGUAUAGAUUCUAUCAUUUUAGUUUCUAGUUGUUUUUUUUUGUAGCGAAAAACAUUUUGUGUCAGGGCGGUAAAGACACAUUAAUUCCUUUAUCUGCUUUUGUUUUGAAAUUUCUCUUUAUUACUUUUUAUUACAGUAUUACCAGAAAUGAUUCAAAAUCCUGAUAAAUGAAUAUUGGUCAAAUUUAAUGCUAAAAAUUUAAAAAUGCCAUUUGACGUAUCUUUAACUCUCUUCACUUUCUUGUCAAGUAUCUUUGAGAAUGAAUGGAUUUUGGGGACUAUAGCGUUGCUUGCUUUGUGUUCACAUAUAUAAAAUUCAAAAGUUUAAUUUCAAGCGUUUGAUUUUGAUUUUGUCAAUGUGCAGUGCUGAUUGCAACACAUUAACCAUGUGAUAGCUUUAAUAUCAUGUCCAUGCAUGAAGACAGCAUUCAGUUUUUCAUAUCGAGAUUGUGGCUUUUGGCUCAUCCAAAGGCAUUGGACAAGGGUCUCGUGGUGAGCAUUGCGCAAACUUCCAGCGUUACCUAUGUGUGCUUUUUAAUAGUUGUUCAUUAUUUUUCUGGCGGCCUGGACAAAGCCGCGGGCAUAUUUUAACCACUGAAUGUGACACUUAUAGAUGGAGGCUACAAAAUGGAUGUUACAGACAAAUAUCAAAGAUUCAGUGUCCAACACUCUCCAACUGUUUGUUCUUCUGUGAUCACAAAUUAAUUUAAAAUUUCUUUACUUAGAAAAGGAAAUGACCACUAAGUUAACACUGUAUGCUGAUGACACUGUUUUGUGUUUGUUACAUGGACGGGUGGGUGUGGGCAGGGCUUCUGAUUUGGUUAGAUGUUUUGCGGUCUGGUGUUUGAUAAACCUAUUAACUGGCUUGUUAUCGUUGCUUUAUGAAUCACAGAGCCGAUGUCACUUCAUCUGUAAGACUGAGAUUUUGUGAUUUGUAUUUUAGUGAACACUAUUUUGCUUCAGUGACAUGUGGCAGCUUCCAUUGAAAUCAGAAUUUAAAACAUGUGCUUGCCAAUAAAAGAAUAGAACUGAAUAUUGUCUUCUCCCUUAAGGCUGAUGCAUUAAUAUUUAAUUUUUAAGAUGAAACAUUUAACAGCAGGAGUGUUUUACCUAGAAUUAGAGUAUUUGCUUUUCCAAAGGUCAAAUAUAAAAUGUAACAUGAACAAAACAACAUGAAAUUGAAAAUGGAUACUUGAAAUGUUUCAAUUCGAAGACAUUAGCAGAAUCAUAUUUAAGGCUACUGUAAAUAUUCUUUUAUUUUUUCUUAAAUGCCCACUAAAGUAAAAAAAAAAAAAAGACUUAGAAUAUAACUUACGUUGUUUUCUCCAUUUCUUUUAAUAUUGUCCUGUCUCAGGUUCAUGCAUUGCUGACUGACAUGACUGCAUCUCAGGUAGAAUGCAAAGUUUAGGCCCCACCUAUCAGUGACAUAAAAGCAAGUACAAUGCAUCUUUGUCAAAUCAAGAGCAACACAUUAUUUUAGAUCUAACAGGCAAAAUUGGUGAGAUAUUUUGCUUAUAUGUUGUACAUGUUUUCUGUAUUUUUCUUAAUAUUUGGUGCACUGUAAACUAUGUGUUAAGUAUUGCUUUGUGUUGACAUAGGUCAUAAAGACUACACUGUUUAUUGAAAUGAAGCAGGAUCUGAAACUUGUUGUGGCUGUACUACUGUCACUUACAACGCACCGCCGCCUUUCCAAGCUUUCCCAAAUGUUCUGAAUGUUUCACCAGUCAUUGUUUUUGAUUGAUUCCUUUUUUUGUCUCUCUGCUGUUCUUCGAAGAUGUUGAUGUGUAUUAUUGGAGAAAGGAGAUCCACAUUCCCAUACACAUUUUGUAUUGGUUCAUAAAUAGACAUUUUUACAAAACAAUGAAGAGUUCUUGUCUUAAUAAAAAAGAAAAAAGAUAUUAAUGUCCAAAAAUAA